AUGAAUCCUAGUCAAAGCGUCACAACUCUGAAAGCGCUCCAUAGCGACCUCGCCUCCAAGUACACAACCCAUGUGUCGGAAAUUGAGGCUAUUUGGAAAUCUUUAAGCAAAGACCAACGCGUGGCAUUCUUUCAGAAUGGCGCUACGGACGAUGAAGCGUCCAAGCAGUUUUUGGACGCGUCCCUGGGCAUUGUGUACAACAUUGUCCCAGAGUUCAAGUUGCAGGAUAUCUCAAACAAGCCGGAGUUUCUAUUAGGUCACCUCAAGCACCGUGGCACAACAUCGCUCUUUCACCAGUAUCGCCAUGGUGCUCAUGGGCAACUUGGAGAUCGGAAUGUGAUUAUAGAGAUGGCACGCGAUAGCCAGGAUCGCCACGUCGAUCCGCUCAAACUUAGCCUUGCUCUGUUUGGCGACAUGCCGUACGGCCACUUUAUUGAUUUUGAACCUACAUCCAACUUCAAUGAGCAGCUGGCUGUUUUCAAACCUGUAAUGCUGGCAGGCUUCUGUGUUCCUCGGUCGAUUGGAGAAAUGAUCUUGAAAAGACAGCUCCUGAUCAUUCAGAAACUAAACAUCUUACUUUACAAUAUUUUAUACUCAAGUUCGCAAUUGAGACAGGAAAUAGAGCGACCCAAGAGAUACGAACAAGCACCAUCAGCCGCGCUCUCGAAGCUGAGUAUCCAAGAGCGACCGAAGAAACUUGCACUCUCGGAUUUGGUCUCGAGUGCUCAAGAUCAGAAAGAUACUUUUGAAGAGUUUUUGAGGCUCCUUUCUGCUGAUCAAGAUAUGCUCGCUCACGCUAUGAGUAUCUGGUUUGUCAGCAGACCGGAAACCAUCAUGGAUGAUACAUGUGGUCAUCUGCCAGCCUUUUCAAACAACAAUAUAAAUGGUGCAAUAUUCGAUUCAGUUCACCACACGAUCAAAGGCGCUACUGUUUGGAACUACAUGUGUCGUCUCCUUCACCUCUUGAAAGAUUCGACUACUGAUAAGAUGUACCGAUCGUUUAUUCUUCAAGAGACUUCGAAUCUUUGCCAUCUAGAGUACAGCCGUGCCCAAGCUCAAUUCACCAGGCACGUACAGACAGGCGUGGGCGCGAAAUACUUUAAGCGAAUUGCCAACUCGUAUGACAGUGCGGGUAAUGCAAAGACCAAGAUGAAGAUUCAGCCCCAAGAGCUGACCAGGGCUGACCCUCACUUGCACUACAUUCUACGAUUGUGUCAGUCGCAGACGAACGCGAGCAAAGCGGUGGAAUGGAUCAAGAGGCUGAGCAACCUGUAUCAGUCUCAUCCUAUUGAACGGGAAGCAUUGGCAGGAAGAGAGGUUGAUUCGCUCGAGUACUUGACUGCAGUCUCAACAUUUAUCCAAGAUUUGGCGCCCGUCAUAUCGAUGCCAGCUUUCUCUCGGAAAAAAGCACAGACGUUUGUUUUGAGGUUUCAGGAGCUAGACGUCGAAUUAAACAAGCUCCGGAACGAAGUCAAUUUAAACGUAAUAUGGAAACCGAAGCAAGACCUCCUAGGCCCCGAAAUGGCGAGCGAAAUUUUGGCCGAGCUUGAUCAGUUUGUGAUUGGCAAGACUGGCUCCAAGAUGAGGUUCUUGUACCAAGAUCUCAUGGAAGAUUGUUUGGCGGAUCUUGAACAUCAGUACCAGGCGACAAAGGCAAAGCUGAAAAACGUCGACUACGUGCCACUUCCAGCAGCAGCUCCUCAGUCUGCGGAUGAAAGAAUGGAGCAACGAAAAGUCAAGGAAAAGACUCGUCCUUGUCAGUCAACAAUACUUGACAUCCAGCCGGUGAGCCAAGUAUUCUCGACGCUCUUCAACAAGUCUGAGGCCCGAGGCUCGAUCAACUGGGCCGCGUUCGAAGGUGCCAUGGCCGAGCUGGGAUUUUCCGUCACGCCAAAGUAUGGCUCUGCUUACACGUUUUCGCCGCCCGAGAGCAUGAAUGUGAAGAAAUGUUUCACGAUUCACAGACCUCAUAGAUGUCGCAUUGAGGGUUAUCUAAUCCCCAUAUUCGCGCGACGUCUGACGAGGACGUAUGGAUGGAGUGAGGGUACAUUUCAAGCUAUAUGAAGUACAAAAUUGCUACGGAU